CUCAACCUCAAGCCAAUACAAUUUCUUAAACUUUCAUUUCUAGUUAUAUCAUGGUGAGAAUGAGUUUUCCCACCCCAAUUAUACUACUAUCUCUAUUAUUGUCAUUUGUAAUCAUAUGCAAUUUAGUAAGAUGUGAAACAAAGGGUUCUUGCAACCAAAAAGAUAAACAAAUACUUCUUUGUUUUAAGCAUGGACUCGUUGAUCCAUCAGACAUGUUGUCUACAUGGUCCAAUAAAGAAGAUUGUUGUGAAUGGAGAGGAGUUCAUUGUGACUUCAUUGGUAGAGUCACCAAUCUCACCCUCUCUUGCUACACUUAUGAAAAUAAAACACAUUGUUUGUCAGGUAAUAUUCAUCUUUCUUUAUUUGAGCUUGAAUUUUUAAACUACUUGGAUUUGAGCUAUAAUGACUUCAACACUAUGCGUUGGUCAUCGGAUUGUCAAAACAUGUCAUUAGUUAACACUUCUCAUAGAAGUGGAAACUUUUCCAAUGUUAUUGAUCUUGACUUGGGCGGAAAUGAAAAUCUUCUAGUUGAUGAUUUAAGAUGGCUUCUUCGUCUAUCAUCAUCCUUAGAAUAUCUCAACUUGGAUUCCCUUAAUCUCCAUAAACAAACUCAAUGGUUUCAAAUAUUGACUAUGCUUCCUUCUCUUUCCGAGUUAUAUAUGCGUAAUUGUCUACUUGAAAAUGCGAGUCCAUCUGUUCUACGUGCCAAUUUCACUUUGCUUAAGCAUCUUGAUCUUUAUAACAAUGAUUUUUUCUCAGAAAUGCCUAUUUGGUUGUUCAAUCUAAGUAGCAUUUCUUAUUUGGAACUCGGAUACAAUCGUUUCCACGGCCAAAUACCCGAAGCUUUGGGAAAUCUUUCGUCAUUAAAAUUCCUCUCUGUUUCUUCAAACAACUUGACUGGAAGCCUUCCUGAAAGUUUAGGGAAACUGUCUAAUUUGGAGGAGUUGUUUCUUGAUAGAAAUCCUUUAUUGUCUGGAGUUGUGUCUGAAAGAAAUUUUGCCAAGCUCUCAAAGUUACAAGUGUUACUGUUGGAUUCACCCACCUUUGUCUUCGAUUUUGAUUUCCAAUGGAUUCCUCCUUUUAAACUUACAGAUCUCGUCUUGGGGUAUGCGGAUCUUAAACAUCUUCCAUGGUUGUAUACACACAAAUCUCUAAUUUCUUUAGUAAUUGAAAAAUCCAUUUUUAAAAAUGAUUCUCAAGAAAUGUUUUGGAGUUUGACAAAUAACUGUCCAUAUCUUUCUCUAACAGACAAUAACAUGCCUUGGGACAUGUCAAAUGUAGUUUUGAACUCUGAAGUUGUAGUACUGAAUAGAAAUGGUUUGAGUGGUGGUCUUCCCAAAUUAACUUCAAAUGUGAGUGUUUUUCAAAUAAGCGAUAACAAUUUGUCUGGAUCUCUUUCCUCUCUCUUAUGCCAAAAUAUGAGAGAGAAAAGUGAUUUGAAGUACCUGGAUGUCUCUAAUAACUCUUUAUCUGGAGAGCUCACUGAAUGUUGGGGAAAUUGGAAAUCACUUAUUCAUGUUGAUCUGGGAACAAAUAAUCUAAACGGCAUGAUUCCACGCUCAAUGGGUACAUUAUCCAAUCUUUUGUCACUGCAUAUUUAUAAUAAUAAGUUGCAUGGAGAGAUACCUGUAUCAUUAAAAAACUUCCAAAAACUUGUGAUUGUUAAUCUUGGUAGAAAUAAAUUUUCUGGAAAUAUAUCCAACUGGAUUGGACAGGAUGUAAAAGUUCUUCAAUUGAGAUCAAAUGAAUUUAGUGGUGAUAUUCCUCUACGAAUAUGCCAACUACAUUCUCUCUUGGUCUUGGAUCUUGCAAGUAAUAGAUUAACCGGAACAAUACCUCAGUGCCUAGAUAAUAUCACCGCCAUGAUUUCCAAUAAUACUUUAGAAAGUGAUGAAUUCACAAUUGGUAUCAACUAUGAAAGUGUGAUUUUCUUGUAUAGAAUCCAUGUUCCAUUGCUACCAAAGGGCAACUACUUCAACUAUUACGAGUAUAUGUGUGGUAUUGACUUUUCUAACAACCAUUUGUCGGGUAGACUCCCUUCAAAAGUAUUCAGUCUCAUUGCAUUACAGUCCUUAAACUUGUCACAAAAUCAAUUAAUAGGAAACAUACCGGAAGAAAUAGGAAACAUGAAAGCAUUAGAGUCACUUGAUUUCUCAAAUAACACACUAUCAGGAGAAAUUCCUCAAACCAUGUCUUCUCUGUCUUUUCUUGGGGUGUUGAAUCUCUCGUUCAACAAUUUUCAAGGUCAAAUUCCGUUAGGAACUCAACUUCAAGGCUUUUCAAAUCUCAGUUAUAUGGGAAAUCCUCAACUUUGUGGAACUCCACUCGUUGAAAAAUGCAACCACAUUGAAGCCCUAGGUGACGCUGACACAAAAUUGAUGGAAAAUGAUGAGGAAGAAUCUGAGGUAAUGCAAUGGUUCUACAUGGGCAUGAGAGUUGGAUUUGCAACAAGCUUUUGGAUAAUAUUUGGUACCCUUUUAUUCAUGCGGACAUGGAGGCAUGCUUACUUCAAUUUUCUCUAUGAUGUCAAAGAUUGGUUCAUGUCAAGGUGGUUCUGAAAUAGACCCUUUCGCUUGAAAACUUAUGUCUGAGGUAAAAACAUCAUGGACUUAUUGUCUUUUCGCCACUUUAAUGGACACGCCACGCCUUGUAUUUGGACUGUCUUUUAACUGUCGUGUCUAAUAAACCUUAGUUUUAUUUUUAUUGUCUACAAAAUUAUGUAAUGUAAGCUUUGUGUAAAUUUAUAAAGUAUAAGUUUGUGUCA